UUACCAGAGUUGGAUAAAUUGAAGACAACUGUCGUUAGACUAUUUAUGUUUCCUAUAACAUUGGUUGUGUGCAACAGGAAUGGAAGGUGGCCGGAAGAAACGCCGACCCGAGAGAAGAGAAGAAAAGGAUCGGCCGUUACCACCUCUGCUGGCAAGAGUUGGAGGCAACAUUGAGGUGUUGGGUUUCAAUGCCAGACAACGCAAGGCCUUCCUCAACGCCAUUAUGCGCUACGGCAUGCCGCCUCAAGAUGCCUUCAAUUCUCAAUGGUGUUCCAGGCUGGUGCGCGACCUUCGCGGCAAGUCGGAGAAGAACUUCAAGGCGUACGUGUCACUGUUCAUGCGCCACUUGUGCGAGCCAGGUGCAGACAAUGCGGACACAUUCGCCGACGGUGUGCCACGAGAGGGGCUCAGCCGGCAACACGUGUUGACACGCAUUGGCGUCAUGUCGCUCAUCAGGAAGAAGGUGCAAGAAUUCGAGCACAUCAACGGUUACUACAGCAUGCCGGAGGUGGUGCGCAAGCCUGUAGAGCCUGUGAAGGUGGUAGGGGAGGGUACCCCAACCACGAGUACAAGCGCCACCCCUGCCACCAGCGCCGCCCCCUCACCUGCCCCUCCUACUGCCACCUCAACCACUGCCGAUGACAAGGAGAAGGAGGGUGAGGAAGCUGCUGUCAAGGACGAACCUAAAGAAGGUGCUGAUAAGGAACAAAGUAAAGACGAAAGUGACAGUAAAUCCGCCAAAACAGAAGAAUCCGAGUCAGACAGAAAGAAAGAUGAAAAUAAGACUGAAUCCGAUGCCCCUGUAGAUAAGCCAGUAGCACCAAAAUUAGAGUCAGAAGAAUCUAAAGAAGACAGUUCUAGUAAAGAAGGUGAAAAGGAAACUGAAAAAGAAUCACCAAAGGAGGGUGAAUCAAUGGAAGUGGACGAGACCAAGAAAGAUGUAGACAAAUUGAAUGCGGAGACUGGAGAAAAAGAAGAAAAGGAAGAUAAAGAGUCAAGCAAUGAGGAUAAAGUGAAAAAAGAGAAGGGCGAUGGUGAGGAGGAGGUUGAGAAGAAGAAGCCGCUAGGCCUGCCUGAGGACGAAGAGAAGGACAAGAGCAAGAGGAAGUUUAUGUUCAACAUUGCUGACGGAGGGUUCACGGAGCUCCAUACACUGUGGGUGAACGAAGAGAAGGCUGCGGUACCCGGGCGAGAGUACGAAAUCUGGCAUAGGAGGCAUGACUAUUGGUUGCUGGCCGGGAUCGUGACGCACGGUUACGGGCGGUGGCAGGACAUCCAGAACGACAUCCGGUUCGCCAUCAUCAAUGAACCGUUCAAGAUGGACGUCGGCAAAGGAAACUUCUUGGAAAUCAAGAACAAGUUUCUGGCGAGGAGAUUCAAGCUGCUAGAGCAGGCGCUGGUGAUAGAGGAACAGCUGAGGCGUGCCGCUUACCUGAACCUGACUCAGGACCCGAACCACCCCGCCAUGUCGCUCAACGCCAGGUUCGCCGAAGUGGAGUGCCUAGCGGAGAGCCACCAGCACCUCAGCAAGGAGAGUCUCGCCGGUAACAAACCUGCCAACGCUGUCCUUCACAAGGUGCUGAACCAACUGGAGGAGCUGCUGUCAGACAUGAAGUCCGACGUGAGCCGACUGCCAGCAACGCUGGCCAGGAUACCUCCCGUAGCCCAGCGGCUGCAGAUGUCUGAGAGGUCCAUCCUGAGCAGACUGGCAGCCACCAGCACGUCCUCCUCCACCCCUACCACCACAUCCCAGACAGGAAUGAUCAGUAGUCAGUUCCCAACUGGAUUCCAAGCCGGCCAACUGCCAGGCAGUUUCGGCAACGCAAACUUCGCCAACUUCAGACCACAAUAUUCCGUUCCUGGGCAGACCACACCUACACAAGGCUUUCCUGUGAACUGAGCCGCUGCGGGAAAGUGGCAGUGAAGCCUACAAUCUACAAAGGUCACAAGGAUAUCUCGUAGAUCACUCAACAUGGCUGUAACCGAAUAUCUACAGACAAUUGAUCCGUUUCUGUCGUUAGUGUCGGGGCUAGUGCGUAGAGAGUGGGGCUUCAAGUGGGGCGGUGUCGAGUAUUAUAUGAGUGUAUUUUUAAUAACUUGAUAUUUAUGUAAAGUUAGGUAUAAUUGUUCAGCCUUCUCCCUCUUUCCUCACUGAUCUCUUUUCUAUUGUAUAUGUAUUGUACCCAGGCGAUCUGUUUUAUAAGAAAAGUGAUUUAUUUUAAUAAUAUUUACUUGUUAAGUUAGCGACGUGCAUUUAAUGAGAAGAAAUCAUUGGUGAAUUUUGUAGUUUGGAAACAUCCUCUUUCUUGCACUUGUGUUUUGAUUAAAUUUACAAAAAUAUUUCAAUAAAAGGUCAGAAACUGGUGUA